GCCGCCCGCUCCCCGCGGGGGCCCCGAGGCCGCAGACAUGGGCGCCGUCCACGCCCGGAGUCUGGAGCCCCUCCCCGUGAGAGGGCCCGAGUUUGGCGCCCUGGGGGAAGAAGCAGAACUCGUCCAAGUGGAACCCGAAGCGAAACAGGAAGUCCUGGAAAAUAAAGAUGUGGUGGUCCAGCACGUGCACUUCGACGGACUCGAACGGACGAAAGAUGACAUCAUUAUGUACGAGAUCGGAGACGUUUUCAAAGCCAAGAACCUGAUCGAUGUGAUGAGGAAGUCUCACGAGGCCCGAGAGAAGCUGCUCCGUCUGGGGAUUUUCCGGCAGGUGGAUGUUCUGAUCGACACAUGCCAAGGAACCGACGCUCUCCCCAACGGUCUGGAUGUCACGUUUGAGGUGGCAGAGCUGAGGAGGCUGACGGGCAGCUACAACACCAUGGUGGGCAACAACGAGGGCAGCAUGGUCCUGGGCCUCAAGUUCCCCAACCUUCUGGGCCGGGCAGAGAAGAUGACCUUCCAGUUCUCCUACGGCACCAAAGAGACGUCCUACGGCUUGUCGCUCUUCAGACCGCAGCCCGGGAAUUUUGACCGCAACUUCUCCGUGAAUCUGUACAAGGUGACGGGCCAGUUUCCAUGGAGCUCCCUCCGGGAGACAGAUCGGGGUCUGGCGGCUGAAUACAGUUUCCCCAUCUGGAAGACCAGCCACACGGUGAAGUGGGAGACCGUCUGGAGGGAGCUGGGCUGCCUGGCCAGGACUGCCUCAUUUGCCGUCCGGGAGGAGAGUGGACACUCGCUCAAGUCGUCCCUGUCGCACGCCAUGGUCAUCGACUCCCGCAAUUCCUCCAUUCUGCCCUCCAGAGGUGCCUUGCUCAAAAUCAACCAGGAGCUGGCUGGUUACACGGGUGGAGACAUCAGCUUCCUGAAGGAGGACUUUGAGCUGCAGAUGAACAAGCGUGUUCUCUUGGAUUCUGUGGUGUCUGCCUCCCUCUGGGGAGGGAUGCUGGUGCCCAUCGGAGACAAGCCCUCGUCCAUCGCCGACAGGUUCUACCUCGGAGGGCCAACCAGCGUGCGUGGAUUCAGCAUGUAUAGCAUCGGGCCACAGAGCGAAGGUGACUAUCUGGGUGGCGAGGCCUACUGGGCAGGGGGCCUGCACCUGUACACCCCACUGCCCUUCAGGCCCGGCCAGGGCGGCUUCGGAGACCUGUUCAGAACACACUUCUUCCUCAACGCCGGGAACCUCUGUAACCUCAACUAUGGAGCGGGCCCCAAGGCUCAUCUGCGCCAGCUGGCGGCAUGCAUCCGCUGGUCCUAUGGGGCCGGCCUGGUUCUCCGCCUUGGGAACAUCGCCCGCUUGGAGCUCAACUACUGCGUGCCCAUGGGAGUGCAGCGUGGAGACAGAGUGUGUGACGGCGUCCAGUUUGGGGCCGGGAUCCGGUUCCUGUAGCACCGAAGAAAGCUCGGUCUCGGUCUCUGUGCCGACACCCGGGCCCGCAGCACACACGGGGCGGGAUAACCGUUUCCCGGCAAACUUGACCGUGUUAAUAAACGAAACGACAACUCCUGCUCCGGAGCUGCGCUUUCCGGAAA